AUGUCGCCGAUCCUGUCAGCACGUGCAAGGCGGGAGACGCCGCACCCUGAGAAGGGUGCAUUCGCAGCGAAACUACCCCAAUCCAACAAACAGCUGCUCCAGCACUGCGGAGUCGGGAAGUUGCAAGAAAUUGUUCCAGAAGAGACCGUGGUCAACGCCGAAGAAAUCCUCGGCAACAAACUCCCUAUGGAUGCUGAAACGCACCAAGGCGUUCUCAAGCUCUUGAAAACGAUUCCUAGUCUGGCGAACACUGCAAGGCCCUCGGAUACCCAUCACUUCGACGAGUUGCUGCGGUCCUCCUCUCCUCCUCUCGACCUACCUGAGUUAGAAGUGCUCCCAAUAUUUCCCCGCAGUGCACCACUGGGCCCGAGGUCGGACGGCGCUUCCGUCGCUCUGGAUGUUAUGGCCCAGGUGUCGGAGCGUCUCAUAACGAAAGUCAGGAUGAGAGACGAAGACGAAGACGACCUCGCGGAAGAGCAUUUAGUUGCUGUGGAUGGAUGGCAGGCUUUCAGAACCUCAUCUCCUGCAACACCUUCGCUGGCGGACAGCUCAAGCGAAAUUGACGAGCUCUUCAUGCCUUCAUCCCCCGGCUCGGAGCUAUUUCGUACCGAUAAGCUGCAAAUGGAGGUCCCCCAGAUGCUGAGGUCGUCCAGGGUCGGUGGUGCACGCGAGAAACCUUCUCUCGCGGAACAAGGGAAUAACGAUGAUUCCAUUGCGUUCGCCGUUAAGACGGUGGAACGUGCCUGUGGAGACCGCGUCGGACGCGAGGACCCUAGGCACUUCAUAUUACUGGAGAAGUUGGACGAGAAAGAUGGGAUGCUGAUGGACGUGCCCUUGAUGCGCCCGCCAAACGAGCAUCCUAUCGGUGCCUUUGUUGUGCCAUCCCGACUUACCGACUUGCUCGCUCCCAAAGACACUGGCGCUCGCAAAUUCGGAGCGGAGCGAAGCUUCUCCGUGGACCUGAAGAAAGCCAAGGGCCUUCAACCGCUCCAGAUCGAAUUGAGCUGGAUUCCGUUCAAGUAUGGACGCACCGUGCCUACGGACGAAGAGGUCGCGGACGUGCAAAACGAUCCCUGCCCGCAGCUCACAAAGGAUAUUGACUUGGCUCAGGACGAGAUCGUCUCGCGCCUCGGGGUCCUUCUGGACGAGAGCAUGGCCUUUGGAUCUCAGUCAACAUCAACAGAAAUUGCGCCGUCCUUGAACGCGUGGUUAUCAAAUAUCCAGGACGUUGACGACGCCAUCGAACGUUACGGCUUCGAGAAUGCGCAAACGCUCAUACUAACGCGACAAGAUCGGAGGCGCCUGGCGGACCUUCCACCCUUCUCGGACGACUGUAGCAACACCGACAGCUUGAGCCAACCCAGUGGGACCAUUCUAACCCCAGAGCGACCGAGUGCCGAUGCGACGCUGCUGGAUGACGCCCAAGGGGAGCAUGCGCAGGGAGAACGACCCACAAAACGGGUGCGGUUCCAAGAUCCUGUCCACUGCGAGCCAAUACCCUGGCCGGUCCAGGUCGUGAGCUCCCUCGAGAAAUACUGCGCAGAUGACUCCGGCGUGUUCUUUUAUGACAGCGAUAAUGACAGUGCGAUAAUGAGCGGCGGCCGAUACUCGUUCGGACAACUGGCGUACGACUCGGAGGGUUUCGCAGGACCAAGCGCUGACGGUGACCUGUUCCAAGACGUCCACUCCCUACAUUCCGGCGACUACCGCUUCGACUGCGCACCCGACUCAUAUUCUCAAGGCUUCCUUCCUCCUUAUGGCUUAGACACUGACAUCCUGUCGCCCUUGCUUUCUGAUUGCUACGUCCUAAACGGCGACGGUCGAGAUGUGGAAGAAGUCGGGCGUGCAGCAGCGGCGCCUCCGCUCCAUCAGGCUCCCACUCACGACCGUCGGUCUCUUCUCUUACCCGCCGCAACUUCUCUUCCCGCGCCCUUACGUUCCUCUACUGCGGUCUUGCCAGCCCUAACCGAUCACCAGCCGGCUACUUUCGGUUCGUUCCACCUUAACAUUUCCGACGUCCGUGGGUCCCCACGCGCGCAGUCCGAGCUUCCGGGCGCAUUCGCUCGACCGUCGCUGAGUCACUUCCUGGCUAUCUGCGGAAAGGGAUCUCUAGCUCAGGCUUCUAGCGUUCCUCUGCAAACCUCUGUGUCUAUCUUUGACCCGGAACCGUCCUCGCCCGGGGUGUUCGAGGUCCAGGCUGCGACUACUGCGGCCGCACAUCGCUCCAAGGACACGCCGCCCGAACUCAUCAAUAAUCGGACGAUGGUACUCUCAGAGCGGUAUAUGUCACCGAGCGUCGGUCAUCGAUAUAUGGCUUCUCUAGAGCUGAUCCAGAAGCGCGCGCUGGUCCGGGCUCUCACGACGUGCUGUGCCGUCGAACUUGUGGAGCGGGAACAGCUCGGCCCGGACGCGGAGAACGUCGACCUCAUACUGGACUGCGAUACAGCGGUGCUCUUCCUGUCGGUGGAAAGUCUACCCAGCCGCGGGGAGGCGGCGAUGGCAUUACUAGGCCGGCUCUCUUGGCGUUUCUCUAGGCUUCUGGUGGUCUUCGAGUGCUAUCCGUCUUCAUGGAAUUACAAGGGCGAUCAGGACUUCACGGGCAAGCCUGUGGCGAGCGCGUGGAGCCCACCGGUGGUAAAGGCCGUCAAGAAGCUCAGGCGCGAUCUCGCGAUUGCAGAAGGGGUCCAAACUAAACGCGGAGCCACGGUCGUGGAGUACGCGUUUGCAAACACGGCGCAAGAGGCCGCUAUCUUCGUCAGGAUGUACGGCGACAUCGCGGAAACGCGGGACGAGACUGGCGGCGCCCUCUGGGGAGAGCGUGUAUGGUUGACGCAAGAUGAACGUGAUGGGGAAUACGACCUUGGCGGUGUCAGCGGCAUGAACAUUUUCGUAGCGGCGUUGCUUCUAUACCAGACAACCCUAGAAGACUUCUUGGAGAAGAGCGCAGAGGAUCGAUUGCUGGAAUACUCAGACCUUGUGGGCGUCGAGCGGAUGACGCGAUUCAAUGUCGAGAUGGCGCGGCGCUUGGAGGCCAUGCAGCUACCGCCGUCAUCCCCUAUCGACGUCGCUACCUCGUCUUCAUCCCGAGACAUCGGUGAUAGUGAUCUUGGCCUGUACUGA